AUGGAGGAGCAGGUGUUAAUUUUUGGAGAUGGUUGCUAUACAAUCGUGUAUAAAACAUCAAUCAUUUUUGAUCAGAAAAAUCGAGAAGUAACAACUGGUUCGAAAGUGAAGUAUUUUUGGCCAGAAAAGGCACUGCACAAAAAAUUAAAAAAGGAAGAUAAGAAGAAAGCAGCCAAGUCAAGAAAGUGUAAAAAUGAUAAAACUUCCCUUGAUGAUAAAUCAGAAGAUUCAGAAAACCAAGAAGUUGAGAAAAAAAGAAAAAAGAAGGAAGACGAAAAUGUUCGAAGAGAGGCGAAUGUACUCAGCGCAAAAGAAUUGAUGAAAGCAUUAAAUGAAACCCGAAGUUCAAAUACGACAUCAUCUAAUUUGUUGAAAAAGGUGGAAAAAACUAUAAGCGUGACGAAAAAUUUGACUGGUCUUUUGGAAGAGCUCAAACAAGAAUUAGAAGAUUUCGAAAAGGAAGGUACAUCAAAUGAUGAGAUAGAUCUGCUUUUGGAAGAAAAAAUCAACUCUUUUUCAACUUCAACAGAGAAUCUCAGCAUGAAUUUCAGCGAACCAGAAUCUCCUCACAAGGCAUCUUCUUCUAAUCAAGGAUUCAUUGAUUCGUCACGUAUUGGAGCACCACCUAAAUCAACACUUUUCGCUUCUAAUAGAAGAGCGUCUCCCGCUUUGAAUCAAAUGUCUUCCGAUCGGACAUCUUUUUCUUCUAUUAAGUCAGCAUUACCAUGUUCAAAUAAAGCGCCUUCUGGAUUCGGACUGAUUGCUCAUUAUGGCAGUGAUAGCGACAAUGGAGAAGUAGCUAAAAAUGAUCCAAAAGAAUCAGAUGAAAGAAAAACGACUUCACUGAUUGAUGGAAAUGAGCAGUUAUAUGUGUUUACAAAAGAUACAGCAGGAACAGAGGCCAUUGAAUUAUUGGAAGGAACUGACAUUUUCAUACCGAAAAAGGCAUUAGAAGAUGCACAAAAGAAAGCCAACUCACAAACCACAUUAGCACGAAUGUUAAUGUGUUCCAUUUUCACAGAAGAGGCCUUAAAAACACACAGCUUAACCGGAAGAGGUCAAGCAGAUGAGAGUAAGAAAGGUUUUCCAGGUGCAGCAAUUAAUUGCAUAUUAAAUUUCACUAGACAGACGGCCAAACUUAAGGUUAAAAACAAGGAGUUGAACUGGAAAGUUGUUGACAACAGGCUAAUAAAAAAUAGCCUGAGAAGCAAAUUGUUCGAAAUACAAAACAAAAGAGCAAUAAGCAAAUAAUUGCACUUAAAUUUCUUUUUAUUUUGGAUAUUCUUUGUUUUUUAUUGCAUUGAAAUCUUUAUUUAUAUUUCAUUAUCAAAUAUCUUUUUAAGAAAAGAGUUUACUGAAAUAUUCUAAUAA